AUGGGGCUUCCGGUGUGUAUGCACACGCUGCCAUUGCUCAGGCACAGACACUGGGAUGUGAAAAGGGGCGGUGACAACGCUUAUCCAGCUAAGCUACACAAGAACCUUGGUCCGAAACCUUUAGCCCAAGACACUAGUAAAAUACCUGCGGGACAAUACCCAGGGGGUCCCAACCCCUGCAAGGGGGAACCGUCCCCCAGGGGGGGUCCCAACCCCUGCAAGGGGGAACCGUCCCCCGGGGGGGGUCCCAACCCCUGCAAGGGGGAACCGUCCCCCGGGGGAAGUCCCAACCCCUGCAAGGGGGAACCGUCCCCCGGGGGGGGUCCCAACCCCUGCAAGGGGGAACCGUCCCCCGGGGGAAGUCCCAACCCCUGCAAGGGGGAACCGUCCCCCGGGGGAAGUCCCAACCCCUGCAAGGGGGAACCGUCCCCCGGGGGAAGUCCCAACCCCUGCAAGGGGGAACCGUCCCCCGGGGGAAGUCCCAACCCCUGCAAGGGGGAACCGUCCCCCGGGGGAAGUCCCAACCCCUGCAAGGGGGAACCGUCCCCCGGGGGAAGUCCCAACCCCUGCAAGGGGGAACCGUCCCCCGGGGGAAGUCCCAACCCCUGCAAGGGGGAACCGUCCCCCGGGGGAAGUCCCAACCCCUGCAAGGGGGAACCGUCCCCCGGGGGAAGUCCCAACCCCUGCAAGGGGGAACCAUCCCCCGGGGGGGGUCCAAGCCCAUGCAAGGGAACCGUCAUACAUCUUCCCCUUCAAGGAGGAUAG